AUGCUACAACAGUCUCUUCCUUGUCUCGUUAUCCGGGCUGCUCCGAAUCUUCACAUCCUCCGGCUUGGUCUGUGGGAUCAAUUCUAUAAUUUAAGCUCGAAUCAGUUUACUAGCCUGGCCCAACAAGUCCGUUUCGCCUGCUUCUCGGAGCUCCAUCUUCGCUGGGUCGAGCCCAGUCAGCCCAGCUUCCAACUCUUUUUGCGCACGGCUGCCCCUACCCUGCAGGUUCUGACCCUGAUCGCAGUCAGCUUUGAUGACCCCAUCCCCGUAGGGAUGGAUCCUUCACCAGAGCUACGCGAGGCCAUGUCCACUCUCUGGCGCCGCUUCUUGAAUACUUUGCGCGACACCAUUCCCACUAUUGGCUUCUUCCGUAUGCGGUGGGUUGCAUAUCGCCAGCGUAGGUUUUCCAUAAUGGGUCCUUUGGAAAGCGCGAUAGGUUUGCGCGAUUUGUACUCCCACGACUGCUAUGUCUACAAGAUCAAUACGAGUGUAAGCUUCACCGAAUGGAUCGAUCAAUUAGAAUUGCGCCCAGGAUAUCCCUUGGACCGCCUUCUACCAAGACAUCGCAGUAUGUUGACCGUAUAUGCCACAUUGCGGCUGUUGACGAUUACUAACUUUACUAACUCUGAUGACAUAUGUGAUAGUGUUUUUGAACCACAAAAUUACCUCCCCGCUGCCAGAGGGAGGGUUGCUAACGGUGCCUAG